AUGGCUGAUUUGGAAUAUUCGCAACCCCACAAAAUUUUGGCGUAUCAAGAGGUGAACUUUGGUACUGAAGUUGUGCGUCGGGCUGUUUUAGUGAGGUCGGAGUUAGCAGAAGAAUCCGAUAUUAACUUAUGUCCAUCAGUCUAUUUACAGCGAUACAACCAAUCGAAUAUCAUCGGAUAUGGUCAAUGUAGAAGAGAUAGUCCACUCAUAACACAUUCAGGAAAGACAGUACUCUGUGAAGUCUUUUGGGUCAAAUCAGUCACAUUCCCUAGAAAGAUAUGGGUACACAGAAGAUUACUGGGGGCUGAAGCAGACGCUAUCUCACAUAAACUACUCACUAAACAUAACGUGUUCAUCUUAUACCCUUCACUUAAAACGGAAAUAUUAAAACCUGUAUUUAAAAACUCGGCAAUGGCUCUUACUCAACACUCAAAAAACGCAAAAAAUACUAGACCUAUGCCACUCAUCAGAGAGGUGCCGAUUCAUCAGGCUAAAAAAACUCAAGUCACUCAAAUGAUCAAACCACCUAAACCUGUUACAAUCGUUAAAGAACCUACUCUCCCUAAACAACGUUACAUCGGUGACGCAGUUACGUUGGAUUUGAUUAAGUAUAUAUUUGCAAUCGGUUCAGACUCUUUGGGACAAAGUGUUGGACUUAAGUUUUGUAUGGAAAAAGCUUUUCCCACAUACAAAGAGUUUCCUAUAAUAACACCAACUUUUGAUAUAGAAAAUUACGUUACCGAAGUAUUAAAAAUGAUCAAUGCGACAUAUCCCAAACCCGAGAACUACUUUUUCUGUUCACUCUUUUUGUUUUCUGUAGAAAUAGCUCAAAUAAGGCGGGAAUGGAUGUAUCGAUUUGAUCAGUUAGACGAUUUUAAGCGUCUUAUUUUCAACAUGCGAAAGCACUUUGAAAUGGUGAGUUUUGUUUUUACACAGCCGAUGUUUACGCUCUGUCAAAUUAUCUUUGAAAGAUAUUUCAUAAACGAGAAUGUUGACAUUCAAUAUUUAUUACUACAGAUAUCCGAGCCUUUUGUGUGGGGUCAGAUGGAGGUACGGAAGUUACAGUAUAGUUAUCGUUUAACCCCUCUUCCGAUGAAUCCAUUUUGUCAGCAUUAA